AACAAGAGACCCUUCUGCUGAGUACAGCCUGUGCUCCCACCCAGGAACACCCUCUGCCUAAUGACAGCACCUUCCUGGGAAGCAUCUUGAUAGCAGUGGCAGAUGAAGAGCCAGAAUCAACUCCUGUGCCCUUGCUUGGAAGUGACAAGAGUGCUUUCACCCGAGUAGCAUCAAUGGUUUCCCUUCAGCCUGCAGAGACCCCAGGUAUGGAGGAGAGCCUGGCAGAAAUGAGUAUUAUGACUAUUGAGCUUCAGAGUCUUUGUUCCCUGCUACAAGAGUCUAAAGAAGAAGCCAUCAGGACUCUGCAGCGAAAAAUUUGUGCGCUGCAGGCUAGGCUACAGGCCCAGGAAGAACAGCAUCAGGAAGCCCAGAAGGCAAAGGAAGCAGACAUAGAGAAGCUGAACCAGGCCUUGUGCUUGCGCUACAAGAAUGAAAAGGAGCUCCAGGAAGUGAUACAGCAGCAGAAUGAGAAGAUCCUAGAACAGAUAGACAAGAGUGGCGAGCUCAUAAGCCUUAGAGAGGAGGUGACCCACCUUACCCGCUCCCUUCGGCGUGCGGAGACAGAGACCAAAGUGCUCCAGGAGGCCCUGGAAGGCCAGCUGGACUCCAACUGCCAGCCUGUGGCCACCAAUUGGAUCCAGGAGAAAGUGUGGCUCUCUCAGGAGGUGGACAAACUGAGAGUGAUGUUCCUGGAGAUGAAAAAUGAGAAGGAAAAACUCAUGAUCAAGUUCCAGAGUCAUAGAAAUAUCCUAGAGGAGAACCUUCGGCGCUCUGACAAGGAGUUAGAAAAACUAGAUGACAUUGUUCAGCAUAUUUAUAAGACCCUGCUCUCUAUUCCAGAGGUGGUGAGGGGAUGCAAAGAGCUACAGGGAUUACUGGAAUUUCUGAGCUAAGAAACUGAAGGCCAGAAUCUGCUCUACCCCUUUUUACCUGCAAUACCCCUUUACCCCAAUACCAAGACCAACUGACAUAGAGCCAACUGAGAUAAAUGCUAUUUAAAUAAAGUGCAUUUAAUGUAUUUCUCCAA